AGCGGGGGCUCCGGAUUGGAAAAUGGCCGGAGGUUGCCGCCGCCGCCGCCGCCGUGCGGGGAACGCCGGGGAAGGAGCUGGCUGAUCCUCAGGAAAGCUCUAGUGGCGAUGUCUCCCCCCCCCGCAAUGCUGCCAUGCAAGAAGAGGAAAGCCAUCCGGAUGGAUUCCUGUUCUGAAGCCCAGCCUGUUCCGAUGGAGGCUUCUCCUUCAGCUUGCCCGCUUUUGCCCAGGCCAGAGACCGAAGGGGAGGAGGGAGAAGCUUCUCCAAAUGUGAAAUUCCCCGGGGCGAUGCAGAGUGUCGAUCCACUCCAAGAAGUUAAGGAGGAAGCUGAAGAAAUGGGCCUUUUUAUUCCAGUGGAAGAACGAGAAGGAGCGAAGAAAAACAGGCGGAAGGCCCUUAAGAGGAAAUGGGAAGGGAAGUGCCCGGAGGAAGAAGGAGGAGGAGGAGGAGGAGGAGGAGGAGGAGGAGGAAAAACUUUAGACUGUGACCUCAGAUUGGACGACACCUUGGACCGGACGUUGGAAGACGGAGCGAAGCAGCACAAUUUGACGGCCGUCAACGUGCGGAAUAUCCUUCAUGAAGUCAUCACCAACGAGCACGUCGUGGCCAUGAUGAAAGCGGCCAUCGGUGAAACGGAAGACGCCCCGCUCUUUGAGCCAAAAAUGACACGCUCCAAGCUGAAAGAAGUGGUGGAGAAAGGUGUGGUAAUUCCGACAUGGAAUAUUUCUCCCAUCAAGAAAGCCAAUGAAGCCAAGCCCCCUCAGUUUGUGGACAUCCCUCUUGAGGACGACGAUUCCUCCGACGACGAGUACCAGCCGGAAGAGGAUGAAGGGGACGAAACAGCGGAGGAGAGCUUGUUGGAAAGCGAUGUGGAAAGCACCUCCUCCUCUCCUCGGGGAGCCAAGCGGUCCCGUUCAAGACAGUCCGAUAUGGUGGAGACUGACGAGGAGGGAGUGGCGCCCCUGGAGGCAGAGAAGGGAUCCACACCUCCCGCCCAGCGGCACGUCAGUGCCGAAGUCAUUCCGAUGGGCCCGCCCCCACCCCCCAAGCCGAAGCAAACCAAGGAUAGCACCUUCAUGGAGAAGCUGCAUGCCGUCGACGAGGAGCUGGCCUCUAGCCCUGUCUGCAUGGAUUCCUACCAGCCUUUGGAAGACAGCUUGAUUGCCUUCCGCACGCGAUCAAAGAGACCCCUGAAGGACGUGCCCCUCGGCCAGUUGGAGGCUGAGCUUCGUGCUCCGGACAUUACUCCAGACAUGUACGACCCCAACACAGCGGACGAUGAAGAGUGGAAGAGGUGGCUCAGCGGCCUAAUGAAUGACGACGUGGAAAAUGAAGACGAGGCCGAUGAUGACGACGACCCCGAGUACAAUUUUUUGGAAGAUCUGGAUGAGCCAGACACGGAGGACUUCAGGAACGACCGUGCCGUGAGAAUCACAAAGAAAGAAGUCAACCAGCUGAUGGAGGAGCUGUUCGAAACGUUUCAGGAUGAAAUUGGCUUCUCCAACGUGGAGGACGAUGGGCCGGAGGACGAAGACAGUGCUGCUGAGGCCCGGCCAAACUUUAAUACUCCCCAAGUGCUCAGGUUUGAAGAACCCCUCGCCAACUUGCUGAACGAGCAGCACCGGACGGUGAAGGAGCAGCUCGAGCAGCUGCGGGUGAAGAAGUCGGCCACCAAGCUGCCCCCGGAGACGGAGAGGUCCAAGCUGCGGAGCGAGAAGGCGGCUCAGGCGCUGGCGCUGGACCCCGGGCUGAGGAAAAGGCUGCAGCAGCAGAUGCAACAGCACGUGCAACUUUUGACACAGAUUCACCUCCUCUCCAGUUGCAACCCGGGUCUGAGCAACGAGGCCAGCACUACCCGCCUCUUCCUGACCGAGCUGGACAGUUUUGCCCAGAGCUCGGUCCUUCUCAGCCAGCCUUCCAGCCCCCGAUUCCAGACGGCUUUCCAGCCCUGCAACUUGAAGGAAUCUCUGCAGCUUAUCAAGGAUUUCCACACUCAGGUCAAGAUCGAGUGGAGUCCCCGCAAAGCCGUCAAGAAGAACGUGAACGAUUUUGCUUGCUUGCCGAAGCAAGUCGCCUGGGUCCUGGCCACCAGGAGAGCCUUCAUGUAUCCCGAGCUGCUGCCCAUCUGCUCCUUAAAGGCGAAAACACCCCGGGACAAGAUCGUUUUCACCAAAGGAGAAGAUAACCUGUUGGCGCUGGGGCUGAAGCAUUUUGAAGGCACCGACUUCCCCAAGCCCCUGAUCAGCAAGUACCUUCUGACGACCAAGACGGCCCACCAGCUGACGGGGCGGAUCAAGAACCGUAACAUGAACCGAGUCCCUGACAACAUCAUCCGGUACUAUAAGACGACAAAGCAGCUCCCGGUUUUGCCCCGGCUUUGCGAGGAGAUCCAGCCCGGCGACUGGAAACCGCCUGUUGAGCGGGAAGAACAUUGCUUGCCCUUCUGGUUAAAGGGUAGCUUGCCCUCUAUCCAAGAGGCCUUAGAGCUGCCACGUGCCAGAGAGGCCUCCCAGGGCCCUGAUGCGGAUCCCAAGCUCAGCAAGGGAGGAAGAGAGACCGCCGACCCAGCCUGCCCCAAGUAUCCUCUGCGCAUGCCGGAGGGCCUGCAGCUCAUCCUGCGGCCCCUGACCAGCCGGUUCUGCCGCAAAAUCAGGAGGUGGCAGCGGCCGGCCACCCCCAAGCCCUUCCUUGUCCAGCCGGGCCUUUGCCUGCCCCCUGCCGGGACGGGCAGCUUUCUCAAGAUGGCCACCAGGCAGCCCCAGCCAGAAGCUGCCCCUGGCAAACUGGUGGGUCCCAUCUCUCCCGUGCCCAGGCCCACCUCGCUCAUCCAGCCAUUGCCAGGCAUGCCCCACCUGAACCUGCCCUCUGCGCUGGGGAGCAGCACCCCCUUUGAGCUGCAAGGCGUGCUCUCUGCCCAGCCUGCCAGGGCCAGGCCCUGCUUGGCACCCGCGGUGCCCCAGAACCUGGUCUCCACCCUGCCCGUCGCCUUUCAGCCCAAAAUGAUCCUCCCGGCUCUGCCUGCGUCGCGGGUCCGGAAGCCCACUCUCCCUAGGGGGUACCAGAAGAAGAAGACCCCCAGGGUCGCUCCUCUGCUGAAGGCCGCCCCACUACUUCAUCCAGCACCGGUCAUCUUCACUGUCCCUGCCGGGGCGGUCAAAGUGUUGGGCAUCACGAACGGGUGCAAUGUGUUACAGCCCCUCUCUGCCACCAGCGCCGGGCAAGCCGCUCAGCCCAUCCCCAUCACCACCCUGCUGGUCAACCCCACACCGUUCUCCUGCCCGCUGAACCAGCCCCUUGCAGCUUCCCCGGCCCUGCCCUUGGUGGUCGCCUCCAAUCCAGGCAGCUCCCCGGCUUCUGCAGCGGGCAAAGAUUCAGAGCUGUCCAACCAGCCUGUCAGCAGCUUGGCAUCUGGUGGGGAUGCUCCAGAUCCUGUCAAGGCCAAACCCGGAACAGAACCAGGAGAGCCUCCAAGCUCGCUCUCCGCCAGGGAAGUCUGCGGCCCAUGGUCCUCCGAUCUGAACCGUGGCGUCCCAGCAGAGGCUCCCAUCCAGGGUUACGCAGAGGCGGGCGAAGGCAGAGCUGCUGAGCUCGUCGCCCCAGCUCCCUUCUCCCCCUUGGGAGAGUUGGGAGAGCUGGUCAAGGUGGACUCGGAAGGCUCAAGGGAGCCUUCUCCAGAAGCAGCCCCCAUCCCGAAAGAUCCGGCUUCAGAAGACCCCCCAGUCAAAGAGGAAUUGAUUUUGGGCCUUGGGCAGGGCCUGGAGGUCGAGCCCACCUCGGGGCGCCGAAACGAGCCGCCAGAAACGCAGAGCCGGCCUGGGCGUGAGAAGGACAAGGCAGAAGAGGCUGGAAGCUCAGGGGUACCCCCGAAGGGCCUGCGAGCCACAGCUGCGACCGAAGGACGCAGCACUCCCCCCACAAACGUCGGCAGCUCCGUUGCGGCUGCGUCUGACGCCAGGAGCUCCUUGGGAAAGAUGGAGGAAGUGGCCGGCCCGGGGAGCUGCACCAAAGGGGUGGCGUCAGCCAGCCAGGAGGCCGGAGGUGAGAAAGAUGGGCUGGAAGAAGAGGAGGAGGAGGACUUUGAUGACUACAUCCAGGACGAGGAAGACGAAAUGUCGUCAGCUUCCGAGGAAUCGGUCCUCUCCGUGCCAGAACUUCAGGAGACCAUGGAGAAGCUGACGUGGCUGGCGUCCGAGAGGCGGCUGAGCCAGGAGGGAGACUCGGAGGAGGAAAACUCGCAGGAAGAGAACUCUGAGCCAGAGGAGGAAGAGGAGGAGGAGGAGGAAGGGGAAGGGGACCAUCUGGAGACCCAGCAGAAGGAGGACGAGGUGGCUGACGAGAUGGCUGAUCCGGGAGACAGGCCUGCCUCCUCCCUCGCCCUGACCUGCGCUGCGCCAGCAGUGGAGCCCAGUAGCAGCCCCCCAGGGGAGAACCCCAAAGCUGCCAGCAAGAGCCGAAGCUCCCACCGGGCCCGGGCAAAGCGGGGCCGGACCCGCACCAGCAAAGACGCCUCCAAGCUGUUGCUCCUGUACGACGACGACAUCCUGGAGAGAGACCCGCUGCGCGAGCAGAAGGACUUCGCUUUCGCCCAGGCGUACCUGAACAGGGUCCGCGAGGCCCUGCGCCUCGUCCCCGGCAAAUAUGAGGAGUUCCUCCGGAACAUCUACGACUUUGAGAGCAACCUCCAGAAGCAGACGGCCGUCGACCUCUACGCCCGGCUGCAGAGCCUCCUCCGGGACUGGCCUCAGCUGUUGACGGACUUCGCUGCCUUCCUCUUGCCGGAGCAGGCUCUGGAGUGCGGGCUGUUUGAAGAGCAGCAGGCGUUUGAGAAGAGCCGGACAUUCCUUCGGCGGCUGGAGAUCUGCUUUGCGGAAAACCCGUCCCACCACCAGAAGAUCAUCAAGGUGUUGCAGAACUGUGCAGACUGCGUACCCCAGGAGAUCAUGGAACUGAAGAACCAGAUGUGGCAGCUGCUGAAAGGACACGAUCACCUGCAGGAUGAGUUCUCCGUCUUCUUCGACCACCUGCGCCCCUCGGCCAGCCGCCUGGGGGAUUUUGAAGAGAUCAGUUGGACAGAGGAGAAGGAGUACGAGUUUGAUGGGUUUGAAGACGUCUCGUUGCCAGACAUGGAGGAAGAUGAGGAUCCCCCCAAAAUCCACGCCGCCUCGAAAAACAAGAGACGGAAGGAGCUGGGAAGCCAGAAUGCAGACAAGGAGGCCGAGUGGCCAGAAGGGAACAAGGAAUGGUGCAGCUCCUGUCAGGAAAACAGCGGGGACCUCCGGCUGAAGAGGAGCAAGCGAAGAAGCUGUGCCCAUUGUUGCAGCAAGGUGGGAGACGCCAAGCUCUCCAGGAACAAAGACCUCUGCGAGUUUGCAGACGGCCGGGCUCAGCGAGAGCCAAGUCCACGGCUCGAAGGCAAGGAGGCCCCCGAGGGAAGCUUUGAGCGGAGGGAAGACGGGGAGAUAAUCCCUGGCCGGGUGCGAGCCGCGAGCCGGAAAGGGGACCCGGCCGGAGGAGGUUCUCGCCAGGAAGGAAAGCUCCUUUCACCCAAAGAUCCCCCUUUGGACGGGGCCCUGUCGGCUGGCAAAACAGCCGAACCGGGUCCUCUCCCUGCCGCUCAAAAUGGGGCGGACUCUGCCAAGAACAGCCCUGCUCCCCCCGUGGCCACACCGCUGCCCCCAAGGGGGGCUGUCCUACCCAAACCGCCUCGCCCGAAAAGCAGCUGCGGUCCCAGCGAUGGCGAAAGGGAGGUGGGACUCAGCCUGAGGAGUGGGGAGGCCUCUUCGGGCCCCCACCGUGACCGUUUGGAGACCGAAGCUCUUUCGAGGACAGCCAGGCCGGAUCCCAGCUCCCCUCCACAAUUGGGGGGGCCCACUCCCACUCGAGCGAGUCUCAAGGAGCCGGAUGGCUUGCCCCCCUCGGUGCCCGCAAAGCUCAAAGGAAGGGAGAUGUCGUCAGGACCCACCAGAGACCUUGCUCUCAAGAUUUCGGGGGCAAAGUUGCAGGCCGAAACAGAGACCCCCGGAACCGGCAGCGUGCACGCCCUGGCCACUGAUCAAACCGGAAAAACAGCAGCAGAGGCCUCGGGUGGGAGCGACCGCUCACCAAAGGAGGAGCGCUCGGUGCCUGUGGUGGGCAGCGGCCUGGUGCUUGGAGAAGACUUGCAGCAGCGGAUGAUUGAACCCACCGUGUGUGCCAAGAACAUCAAGGUCAGCUCCACGGGGGAGAAGGUGGUCUUGUGGACCAGGGAGGCUGACCGCGUUAUUCUGACCACUUGCCAGGAGCGAGGGGCUCAUCCGCAGACAUUCAGCGCCAUCUCCGAACAGCUGCACAACAAGACCCCGGAUGAGGUGGCCCAUCGCUUCCGGGAAUUGAUGACCUUGUUCCACACGGCCUGCGACGUUAGUUCAGAGGACGAGGAAGACGGGACGAGCGCCAGCAACACGGACCAGCUUUCUGACAAAGACCCGGCCGUCUUGGAGGAUGAGCGGGAAGAGCAAGGCUUUUAGUCCUUUGCCAGAGAGAGAGACUUUUGCGGGCGGGCGCUUGACUGCUGCUCCCAAACGUCUCACCUCUGACUCCGCAGGACACCGAAGCUUUGUUGAAAGGUUUUUCUCCCCGGGGAAAGGCAAGUUGGAGCCGCUCCGUGGGGGAAACAGCCCCGCCGUCUCUUGGAUCCCAGUCGAUGUAAAUACUUUUAAAAAGAGGUGGUGGGGCGGUGUAAAUUCCAAUUUGGGGUGAAUAUUUAUUGCGUGGUUGUAUUUUAAGGAAUAAAAGCAUCCCACUGUGAAAGCUGAAGA